AUGAGCUCACCUUCGUCACAUACACCUUCCUCUGCCCUCUCUGAGGAUGCUGAGGAGCAGUCGGACAGACCAAUCACUCCCACCCCGGAAGAUGUAGCAGCGUAUCAACAGCUCAUGAGUUCUCUUUUCCCUCCUUCGUCUCUACCUCCUCCACCAGCUCAACCUGCGAGCAUCCCUCACGAUGAAGAUGACGAUAAGGAUGUGGUGGAGAACGGAGUCACUCGACCCAUGACCAAAGCGGAGAAGCAGAAUGCGAAGAAGAAGAGGCGGAAAGAACGAGAGAGGCUAGCCAAGGCUGAAGCUGAAUCUGAGGUGCAAGCCAAAUUGAAUGGCAGGAAUGAGAAAAAGGAUGAGGGGGAUGCUGUAGUCAAGUUCAGGUUGUUCUCUGCUUGUCCUCUACAGGAUGUAUCGAUUAUACCCAGCGAGGAGGAUUAUCCGUCUAUCAUUAAUCCGAGAUAUCUCCCUCUGCCUGCAGAGACCAGCACGAAGGUGCAUCGUAUAGCAACGGAAUCUGCUAUCGAGGUUGAACAUCUCACUGAACCUUCCUCGUCUCGUGGUGAUUCAAGUUGUGCUUCUGUACCUCUAAAAACAUUUACGGUGGAUGACAGUGAUAUGGGCCUACCUCCGAUAUUUGUCGGUACAGUAUCUCGACAUUCCAGGUUGAGUAUCACAAAUAAAGACGAGACUCAAUCAAAAUCAUCUUCAAUCCCUAUGAUCAAUCUCAAGGAUACGUCGCACAACACGAGUUCGAGUACAUCCACCAAGAAUACUACUAGACGAGGUAAGCGCAAGAGACCCACCGUCCAAGCCAGGUUCUGGGCACCAUCACCUGGUCUUGGAGGCAAAGCGCGGGGAUACGCAUGGGGAUUUAGGGAUAGUGUGGAAGGGAGGAGGGAGGUGGGUGCUUGGGUAGGGUAUGUGCGGAGUAAGGAUAGGUAG